GGGGACAUCCUUCUGGCCAUCUUUUAGCGCCUGCAUCCAGUGCAUCUUUUCUGGGGAUAUAUUCUUACUAGACUGACAGUCCUUAAGUCAAGCAUGCAGUGAGGGUGUUAAGGGAUGGAAGAAGCGAGUCUGUGCCUUGGAGUGUCCUCAACGGCACCGGAAGCUGAGCCUCACUUGAGUGGCCCAGUCCUCAAUGGCCAGUAUGCCAUGAGCCAGAAGUUGCACCAGAUCACUUCCCAGCUCAGCCAUGCCUUUCCUGAGCUUCAUCCGCGGCCCAACCCAGAGGAGAAGCCACCUGCAGCCCUUGAGGAAAAGGCCCACGUACCCAUGAGCGGACAGCCCAUGGGCAGCCAAAUGGCAUUGCUGGCCAAUCAGCUGGGCCGUGAUGUGGACAACAGCCUCAAUGGGCGUGUGGACCUGCAGCAGUUCCUCAAUGGGCAGAACUUAGGCAUCAUGUCUCAGAUGAGUGACAUUGAGGAUGAUGCCAGAAAGAACCGGAAGUAUCCCUGUCCUCUGUGUGGCAAGCGUUUCCGGUUCAACAGCAUCCUCUCCCUGCACAUGCGCACUCACACUGGCGAGAAGCCAUUCAAGUGCCCCUACUGUGACCACCGUGCAGCCCAAAAAGGAAAUCUCAAGAUUCACCUCAGGACCCACAAGCUGGGCAACCUGGGGAAAGGGCGCGGGCGGGUGCGUGAGGAGAACCGACUGCUGCAUGAGUUAGAGGAGAGGGCCAUUCUGCGGGACAAGCAGAUGAAGGGCACUCUGAUGCAACCGAGGUCUGAUCUCAAGCCCUUGGCACAUGCCCAACAGGCUCCAUUGGCCACCUGCAAUUUAGCCUUGCCCCCCAACCACAGUGUGCCCGAUGUAGCCCACCCGGCACCUUCUCCCAAGCCGGCCAGUCUGCAGGAGGAUUCGGUGACCCCGGCUGCUGGCUUCAGAUGCACCUUUUGCAAAGGCAAGUUUAAGAAGCGCGAGGAGCUGGACCGCCACAUCCGUAUUUUGCAUAAGCCGUACAAGUGCACAUUGUGUGACUUCGCGGCCUCACAGGAAGAGGAGCUCAUCAGCCACGUGGAGAAGGCACACAUCACUGCGGAGUCGGCCCAGGGCCAGGGUCCCAAUGGUGGUGGAGAGCAGUCGGCCAACGAGUUCCGCUGUGAGGUAUGCGGCCAGGUGUUCAGCCAGGCCUGGUUCCUGAAGGGCCACAUGCGCAAGCACAAAGACUCCUUUGAGCACUGCUGCCAGAUCUGUGGUCGGCGCUUCAAAGAGCCUUGGUUCCUGAAGAAUCACAUGAAGGUCCACCUCAACAAACUGUCGGUGAAGAACAAGUCCCCCACCGAGCCUGAGGUGUCAGUGCCCAUGGGUGGCCUGUCCCAGGAGGCCCAUGCCAACCUGUACUCAAGGUACCUUUCCUGCCUGCAGAGUGGCUUUAUGGCCCAGGACAAAGCCAGCCUGAGCGAGCCCACCCAGCUCUAUGGCAAAGGGGAGCUCCCUGCCAAGGAGAAAGAGGUUCUGGGAAAGCUACUGUCCCCCAUUUCCAGUAUGGCUCACAGUGUCCCGGAGGGAGACAAGCACUCCCUCCUGGGCUGCCUCAACCUUGUGCCACCACUAAAAUCCAGCUGUAUCGAACGGUUGCAGGCAGCUGCCAAAGCUGCAGAAAUGGACCCAGUGAACAGCUAUCAGGCCUGGCAGCUCAUGGCCAGGGGCAUGGCCAUGGAACAUGGCUUCUUAUCUAAAGAGCAUCAGCUCACGCGCAACCACGAAGACACUUUGGCAAACGCCGGAGUUCUGUUUGAUAAGGAGAAGCGGGAGUACGUGUUAGUGGGAGCAGAUGGCUCCAAGCAGAAAAUGCCUGCUGAUUUGGUUCACAGCACUAAAGUGGGCAAUCAGAGAGACCUGCCAAAUAAGCUCGACCCUCUAGAAGGCAGUCGGGAAUUUUUGUCACAUGGGCUCAACCAGACGCUCGAAUACAACCUACAGGGUCCUGGGAACUUGAAGGAGAAGCCCACUGAGUGCCCGGACUGCGGACGGGUGUUCCGCACCUACCACCAGGUGGUCGUGCAUUCUCGUGUUCACAAGCGGGACCGCAAGAAUGAUGAGGAUGUUCUGCACGUGGGCGUGGGCCUGGAGGAGCGGCGUGGCUCAGGCAGCGACCAAGAGUCCCAGUCGGUGAGCCGCUCCACCACACCCGGCUCCUCUAAUGUGACUGAGGAGAGUGGGGCUGGAGGUGGCCUGUCGCAGACCGGGAGCGCCCAGGAGGACAGUCCACACCCCUCUUCACCAUCUUCCUCAGGUCACAGGCCUUUCCAGUGUCACUACUGUCCCUACAGUGCCUCACAGAAGGGAAACCUGAAGACCCACGUCCUCUGCGUCCAUCGAAUGCCUUUUGACAACAGCCAGUAUCCCGAUCGCAGAUUCAAACGUUCCAGGGUCGACUCGGAGGCUUCUGGGAAUUUUGAGGAGGCUGCAACUGUCAAGGCGGGAAGCUUUGCCGAGCUCACAGAUGAGAGAGGCAAGGGCCAGGAGGAGGGCAACUGA